CAAACGCGGAAGUGGAGUGUUACAUUUACAGUUACAGUGAAAGUGAAAACACGAGGAACUCAAAGUCAUGUUUUCAUCCGAGAGUCGAAUACGGCCCAGCAGCCUCGCCGGGUAUCUGGACGGGGAGUUUGGGGAGAUUAAAGAUGCUUUUCGUGACGCGAUUUCAACGUGUGAACUGUUUCGGUCCAACAAUUAUGAACUGACUCUGGAUCAGAGCAGAGACCUGACCGCAGAAAGGCUGUAUCACACGUUAAGGCUGCCUUUCAUGAAAGAACACCUUCGAAAUCAGCUAAAAGAGAAGCAAAAAGGCUUUAUAAACAAGAGUUUGAGCAUCACUGAGAUCAUCUGCUCCGCUGACAUGGCCACGGGAGUCAAGCUCGGCGUCGUGUGCGGCCUGUACGGAGGCGCCGUCAAUAACCUAGGCAGUCCAGAGCAGAAGACCAAGUGGUAUCUCCCCAUUUCAGAGUUAGAGUUCACAGGGAUGUUUGCGAUGACCGAGAGGGGCCACGGCAGCAACGUCCGAGGCAUUAUCACCGAGGCCCGAUACGAUCAGUCCACACAGGAGUUCGUUAUUCACACGCCUUCCCAGGACGCUCAGAAAAUGUACAUCGGGAACGCCAUGAAAGGACAUUACGCUGCUGUGUUUGCUCAGCUCAUCAUAAAAGGAGAAUCCCAGGGUCCCCACUGCUUUAUUGUACCCGUGCGUGAUCAGAACGGGCUCAUGUGGCCAGGAGUGACGACCAUUGACAUGAAGCACAAGGAAGGUCUGCACGGAGUUGACAACGGCAUUUUGAUAUUCGAUAACGUUCGGAUACCACGGGACAAUCUGCUGAGAAGGUUUGGUUCUGUCUCCGCCGAUGGUUUGUACCGCUCUCCGGUCCUCAGUAAAAGCAGUCGCUUCAAUGCGAUGCGCGCUCUGACGCCCACCCGCCUCGGUCUCACCGUACAAGCCAUGGCUGCCAUGAAGUUGGGGCUCGUCAUUGCAGUACGCUACAGUCACAGUCGCAGACAGUUCGGCCCGAAGGACCAGGACGAGGUGAAGAUCAUCGAGCACCAAACACAGUAUCUGAGGCUGAUGCCACACCUGGCUGCUGCCCUCGCUCUCACCUUUACCACCAGGUAUGCUGCAGAUUUGUUGGACGAUGCUUUGUGUCAGGGUCAGGACCUUCAGAGCAAUCGCGCUCUGCAAGCUCUCGUCGCGGGACUCAAAGCCUACAGCACGUGGGAGAACGUCGCGUGUCUGCAAGACUGCCGAGAGUGUACUGGAGGCAUGGGCUUUAUGAUGGAAAACCGUAUUCCAUCUCUGAAGUGUGACUCUGUCUUUGUCACAUUCGAGGGCGACAACAUGGUCAUGCUUCAGGUGGUGGUACGAGAGCUGCUGACCCAAUACACCAAACUGAUGGGGAACAACUUCCUGAUGGGACUGAUCAGAAACUGGACCAGCUCAGUGUCAGACAGCCUUAGAACCAGCUUUCUUGGCUUCAGCGCGGAUAAAGUAGGAGACCUAAUGUUCCUGCUGAAAGCGGUGAGCUACAGGGAAAGGUUAUUACAGCGCAGCUUGGCAAGUCGGCUUUACAAUAAGUGACCUUGGAGCAGUUUGCUCUCGCCGUACGAGAGUGCCAUAUCAAAGAGGACCGUGCCUUGCUCACCAAGUUCUGCCUACUUCACGGCACUAGUCUGGUGUAUCAGGAGAGAGCCUGGUAUCUGGAGCACAACUACCUGAC